AUGUACUCCAUAUUCUUGGAUUUACGGUCCGAACUCUUUUUCCCCUUCUCCGCGUUUCCCCGCGAUCUAGAGUCCCAACAAGAUGGAAUCUUGCCCGACCCCUCCUUCGAAGGUCUUGUUACCGCAACUAUCAAGGUCAUCACAAUGGGCUGGCUCAGUCUUCGAAGCCGACUAAAUGGGUCUUUUCCACAUGUUACAAGCUUCAAUACCUCCACUGCACAUGUUGAACACAUAAAACACGCCGAAGACUUUGAGUAUGUUGAAAAUGUCAAAGAAAUCCACCUCAAGUAUUCACUUCAGGACACCUUUGUUCCUGAUGCCGAUUUGCCCUUUAUUCCGGCCGCGGUGGUCCGAGAUCAGAAGUUAAGCCACUUGGACGGCCAAGGUCGUGCUUGGAUUGUUGUGGACAAUGUUGUCUAUGACUGUACCAAAUUCAUCAACGAGCAUCCAGGGGGCGAAACGGUCAUCCAAAGCUUCGUAGGGGAAGAUUGCUCCUGGCAAUUCUGGCGAUUUCAUGACAAGACGGUCAUGGAACAGUGGGGACGACCGCUGCGUGUUGGCCGAACAGAAGGGAUCAGGAAUCGAUUCAAGGAGAUUCCGAAGUACUUUGGACCCUCUAGGAUCCGAUAA